ACCACUGUUACUUCAAUACUGGUUCUCACCAAACAACAACAGCACAACAACGCCCCAUUUCUACUCGUAUUGGCCGCCAAUUCCAUGUUGCUGACCAUCGUGGGUGGUCCAGGCAACCAGCUGCUGCUCCUGUGCCGGGUCAUGGGAAUGCUUGCCAUUAUGGCGUCACUCAAAAUUCUUGGAAACAUUCGGAAACUAGGAGAUUCCUGGGAACGUUUUGCUCGACCCAAUCCAUUGGUCUACCACGCCGGUGGCCCCAUGCUCAUUCUGGGAUGGUUCCUCUUUCUCAUUGGGACCACCGCUGUCACGGGAGACAACUUCCAACAGUUUUUACUAUCAUCAUCGUCACUUGUCCAGUAUAUUCCAAUCUACUUGACACUUACGAUGCAGUACGUCCUCGCUGCGUGA